UCAGCUGGCCCGGCUAAUUACUCGCCACAACCCAGUGAUCGCAGAGUAUUGCCGAUGGAGGAGAGAAUUGUAUGUAAACAAUACAGUUCUCUCCUCUGUCAGCUCCUGCAUACUGCUUUGUAUGGCUCUGCAUAGCAGAGCCAGUUGAAAGCACACACAGCACAUAAUGUGAAACAGCACACAGCACAGUUAACCCUUUGAUCGUCCCACAUGUUAACCCCUUCCUGCCCAGUGCCAUUAGUACAGUGUCAGAGCUUUUUAUUAGCACUGAUCACUGUAUCGGUGUCACUCGGGAUGUCAGUGACACCCAAUCAGUUCCCCCCAGUGUCAAAAUACCUGCCACAGUCGCUCAGUUCCGCUAUAAGUAGCUGA